GGACCCGAAAGGGCCCACUCGGAGUGCGCGGAGCCGUGUGUCCGCGACGUGGACGGGGGACACGCGCGUAAACAAAAGGGGCGUGUGGGGUCUCGGCGACCUUUUGCCAUCCAGAGGCGCAAGGGGAUUGUGGCGGAGACCUGGCUACACUAGCUCGCCCUACGCAGCCCCUUGGGAACCGGGCCUGGAAUUCCUGUUGGGAGGAGGGUGGGGGAAGGGGAGCCCGCAGGGAUUCCAGAGUUUCUGCCAUCGGCCGGCCUUUGGCCAUCAGCAUGGAGAAUUCAUGCUGUGACCUUACCCGUGGAGGAAAUGACCCCCAAACGCUGUCGUGUACUUCCUUGGUGAAGGGGGCACAUUCAUUGAUUAAUCCAGUAUCCAUUAAGGUCACUGGGCCGCUCAGGGUGUGGGUCUUGGGUGGGGGAAGGGGUGGUGGCUGGCGAGGACACAAAGAUGACUGCCCUGGAGGAGCUCAGAGCCUCAUGCGUGUUUUCUCUCCCCUCCCCGCAGGUAAGGCUGGCCUCUCUGCACUCAGAGGUCUGAGCUCUGCCAUGGGGGUAGGGGUGUCUUUACUGCUGCAGUUUUCUCUGACAUCUGGGGGCUACCAGAGUGUGGGCCGAAGCCGGCACUGCAGCCGCAGAAGUAUCCCCAGGAACAUCCCCAGGAGGGGCUGGAAAAAGCCUCAUCUCCAGCUCCACAGUCUCCAGGCAGAGGAAGAACCCAUGCUGGAACGGCGCUGCAAGGGCCCCCUGGCCAUGGGUCCCGCCCAGCCCAAGGUCCCUGGGCCCUCCCAGAAGUUGCCCCAGACCCUGGAGAAGGAGCCCCAUGGGCUGAGGUUACAAGGCACUUCCGUGGCCCAGUCGGGCGGCCAAGCCCCCAGUAGGGCCCAUCGCUGUGCCCACUGCCGAAGGCACUUCCCGGGCUGGGUGGCCCUGUGGCUUCACAGCCGGCACUGCCAGGCCCGGCUGCCGCUACCCUGUCCUGAAUGCGGCCGUCGCUUCCGACACGCGCCCUUCUUGGCCCUGCACUGCCAGGUCCACGCGGCUGCCACCCCAGAUCUGGGCUUCGCCUGCCACCUCUGCAGGCAGAGCUUCCGAGGCUGGGUGGCCCUUGUUCUGCAUCUGCGAGCACACUCGGCGGCAAAGCGGCCCAUCGCGUGUCCUGAAUGUGCGAGACGCUUCUGGCGGCGGAAGCAGCUUCGAGCGCACGCGCGGAGGUGCCACCCCCCAGCCCCGGAGGCCCGGCCCUUCAUAUGCGGCAACUGUGGCCGGAGCUUUACCCAGUGGGACCAGCUAGUCGCUCACAAGCGGGUUCACGUAGCCGAGGCCCUGGAGGAGGCAGCGGCCAAGGCUCUGGGGCCCCGGCCUAGAGGCCGCCCGGCCGUGACCGCCCCACGGCCCGGCGGAGACGCGGUCGACCGCCCCUUCCAGUGCGCCUGCUGCGGCAAGCGCUUUCGGCACAAGCCCAACCUGAUCGCCCACCGGCGCGUGCACACGGGCGAGCGGCCCCACCAGUGCCCGGAAUGCGGGAAGCGCUUCACCAAUAAGCCCUACCUGACCUCACACCGGCGCAUCCACACCGGCGAGAAGCCCUACCCGUGCACGGAGUGCGGCCGCCGCUUCCGCCACAAACCCAACCUGCUGUCCCACAGCAAGAUCCACAAGCGGUCCGAAGGGUCGGCCCCGGGCGUCCCCGGCGCGGGGAGCCCCCAGCUUCCGGCCGGCCCCCCGGAGGCCUCGUGUGAGCCCCCCGCCGCCGAGGCCGCACUGAAACCCGCUCGGGAGCGGGCGCCCGAGCCUCCGCGCGAGGACCCCGGAGCGCCCGCGGCCGCCGCGGCCGCCGCGCCCCCGUCCCUGUUCAGCUGCGAGGACUGCGGCCGGAGCUUCCGGCUGGAGCGCUUCCUGCGGGCGCACCAGCGGCAGCACAGCGGCGAGCGGCCCUUCGCCUGCGCCGAGUGCGGGAAGAACUUCGGCAAGAAGACCCACCUGGUGGCGCACUCCCGGGUGCACUCGGGCGAGCGGCCCUUCGCGUGCGAGGAGUGCGGGCGCCGCUUCUCCCAGGGCAGCCACCUGGCGGCCCACCGGCGCGACCACGCGCCCGAGCGGCCCUUCGUGUGCCCGGACUGCGGCAAGGCCUUCCGCCACAAGCCCUACCUGGCGGCCCACCGGCGCAUCCACACCGGCGAGAAGCCGUACGUCUGCCCGGACUGCGGCAAGGCCUUCAGCCAGAAGUCCAACCUGGUGUCCCAUCGGCGCAUCCACACGGGCGAGCGCCCCUACGCCUGCCCCGACUGCGACCGCAGCUUCAGCCAGAAGUCCAACCUCAUCACCCACCGGAAGAGCCACAUCCGGGACGGCGCCUUCUGUUGCGCCAUCUGUGGCCAGACCUUCGACGACGAGGAGAAGCUCCUGGCCCAUCAGAAGAAGCAUGACGUCUGAGCGGGCAGGGGCUGCGGAGGCCGAGGGGGUGGGGGAGUACCCUGGGCGUCUCUGACGGGAGAAUGUUGCCGUGGGCCUGGGCUGCGGGUGGGGGGGGCCUGUGUUGCCGCUGGUGGAGGCAAGGGAUGGGAGAGCAGCCAGUGGGCUGGGCCCUGUUGGAGAGGGAGGUCCAGCCGCCGCCGCCGCCCCCGCCCCGGGGCACCAGGGCACCAGGGAAGCGGCUCGUCCAGCUGGUGUUUGCUGAGGUUCCGUCCUGACUGUCCCAUGCCCUGGAAAAGUAGCAAUAGCAGCUCCACCUACCCCUUUGAGCCCUCCUGCUGGAGGGGCCACCAGGGGCCAGGAAGACCCUUCCCCUCUGGUGUUAACGCCUUAAUGUCCUUGUCUUUUAUUAGAGUUCCUUCAGCUCUUUUUUUUUUUUUUUGGAAGUAGGUGUGGCGUAGUCCCCUAGUAAAUGAGCUCUUGGGAGGAAAAGUGGACCAGCUGGAUACACCCGGGAGAACCUGCUGGCCUUGUUAGACGGCACCUGGGGCUUUUCCAGCUUGGAGAGGUGAGGCCGCGCUGCUCUAACCUGUCCCACCCCGUCCCCUUUCUCCUGCCCCUGCAUAGGCACUGGGGCUCCGAGAGACCCAACUACUGUUAUUGCUCAGCUCUGCUCCCCCUCCCUGAGAUCAACGCAGCACCCUCCCAUGACUUAGACCAUCCUCUGGCUGUCAGCAGCCCCCUGUCCAGGCUUCUGUCUGAACACCCCCAACCCUCCACUCGUUGCAGAGCUCAACAUGGUGGGAAGGACUGCCCCGUUGAUCAUGGAGGAUCAGCGGACAGGCAGAAAGGGGCGAGCUUCCCUUUCCCCAUUUCUAGGUCAUGGAUGCCCAGCCUCUGCUUGAACACUUAGGUGACAGGGAGUCCCCACCUCCUGAGGCCCUGGUUCUAUUGUAGGAUAAUUCUAAUUCUAAUUGUUAGAAAUUCUUCCUUAUGAUGAAUGGAAUCCACUUUCCUGUAAUUUCUACCUAUUGGGCCUUGUUUUGUUCUCUGGAAUGAAACAGAACAACCACUCACCCUCCUUUUCAAACUAGAGAAUAAAGAUUUGGUUUUAGA